GAGUUUGCCUUGGGAGUCGGUGCAAAGGUGAAACCAAAGGCGAACAUGGGUCAGAAGGUCACCGGAGGCAUCAAGACUGUGGACAUGAGGGACCCCACGUACCGGCCCUUGAAGCAGGAGCUCCAGGGCCUGGACUACUGCAAGCCCACCCGCCUGGACCUGUUGCUGGACAUGCCCCCCGUGUCCUAUGACAUCCAGCUGCUCCACUCGUGGAACAACAACGACCGAUCGCUCAACGUCUUCGUGAAGGAGGACGACAAGCUGAUCUUUCACCGGCAUCCGGUGGCCCAGAGCACGGACGCCAUCAGGGGCAAAGUCGGGUACACGCGUGGGCUGCACGUGUGGCAGAUCACGUGGGCCAUGAGGCAGCGGGGCACGCACGCCGUGGUGGGGGUGGCGACGGCGGACGCCCCCCUGCACUCCGUUGGGUACACGACUCUCGUGGGGAAUAACCACGAGUCCUGGGGCUGGGACUUGGGGCGCAACCGGCUCUAUCACGAUGGCAAAAACCAGCCAAGCAAAACGUACCCGGCCUUUUUGGAGCCGGAUGAGACAUUUAUUGUCCCUGACUCUUUCCUUGUGGCCUUGGACAUGGAUGACGGGACUCUGAGCUUCAUUGUGGACGGACAGUACAUGGGAGUGGCUUUUCGAGGACUCAAGGGCAAAAAACUGUAUCCUGUAGUGAGUGCCGUCUGGGGCCACUGUGAGAUCCGCAUGCGCUACUUGAACGGCCUCGACCGGAAGGACCACUCUGGCUGCUGCGUAGAAAUGAACGAUGGAGGCGACAGUGGCCCCUGGAAGGCCAGGGACGAGCCAUGA